AGCUUUAGCUCACAGAAAGGAGGAGAGGAAGGAAGAAUGGGUUGUAAGAUAGUAACAUACUUGGCAGUUGUGUUUUGUGGAGCUGUUGUUUCCUGCUUGACAAGAGCUGAGCCAACUGAAGAUAAAAGAGCUCUUCUUGAUUUCCUCGGAAACAUACACCAUUCGCCAAAGGUGAACUGGAAAGAGUGGACUUCAGUUUGCAGUGGCUGGGUUGGAGUGACUUGUAAUCAUGAUAAAUCUAGAGUUAUAGCGGUGAGAUUACCUGCAAUGGGAUUGCGUGGCUCGAUCCCUGUAAACACUCUGAGCAGGUUAUCGGGGCUUGAGAUCUUGAGUCUAAGAGCCAAUGCUUUCAGUGGUCCUUUCCCUUCGGAUUUUGCAGAGCUUGGGAACUUGACAGCUCUGUAUCUUCAGUCCAAUGGCUUUCAGGGUUCUCUGCCAGCUGAUUUUUCUGGGUGGAGGAAUCUUUCAAUCUUAAAUCUGUCGAAUAAUGAGUUUAAUGGCACUAUACCUUCCUCGAUUUCAAACUUGACUCAUUUGACUGCUUUUAGUCUGGCUAAUAACUCACUGUCUGGUGAUAUUCCUGAUCUCAUUCUCCCCAGCUUGCAGCUGUUAGAUCUGUCUAGCAAUAACCUCACUGGGAUCGUGCCCCGGUCUCUUCAGAGAUUCCCUGAUUCAGCUUUUGCUGGUAAUCGUCUUUCUCCCAAUGUCGCUUCACCUCCGGCUCCAGUUGCCCUUUCUCCAAGUGUUUCGCCAAAGAAGAAAACCACACAUCUUAGCCAACCUGCUGUGCUGGGAAUUGUGAUUGGAGGUUGUGCAUUAGGGUUUAUAGUAGUUGCUGUGCUGUUGAUUCUUUGUUAUUCACAGAAAGAACAUGAGAAUAGGGCCUCAGAAAGAUCACUCAAAAACGACAUGCCUGUUAAGAAGGCGGCUUCCAGCAGCCAGAGAGGAAACAGCAACCUUGUAUUCUUUGAGGGCUGUAAUCUUGCAUUCGACCUCGAGGACCUGUUAAGAGCUUCUGCAGAGGUUCUAGGGAAGGGAACAUUCGGGACUACAUACAAGGCGGCUCUGGAGGAUGCAACCACGGUUGUUGUGAAAAGAUUGAAGGAAGUUUGCGUUGGGAGAAAAGAAUUCGAGCUGCAGAUGGAAGUUGCUGGGAGUAUCAGGCAUGAAAAUGUGGCUCCUUUGAGGGCAUACUAUUACUCCAAGGAUGAAAAGCUCAUGGUCUAUGAUUACUACAACCAUGGGAGUGUUUCUGCAAUGCUGCAUGCUAAUACGGGCGAAAACCGGUUACCUCUAGACUGGGAAACGCGUGUCAGAAUUGCUGUUGGUGCAGCGAGAGGAGUCGCCUGCAUCCAUGGAAAGAGUGGAGGAAAGCUUGUCCAUGGGAACAUAAAAUCCUCAAACAUAUUCCUCAACUCGAAACAGUAUGGUUGUGUGUCUGACCUUGGCCUGGCAACACUGAUAACUCCAGCUGCUCCAACACUCACCCGAACUGCAGGAUACCGCGCCCCAGAAAUCACAGACACAAGGAAAGCAACUCAGGCAUCCGAUGUCUACAGCUUUGGCGUCCUGCUGCUCGAGCUUCUCACCGGGAAGUCACCUGUGCAUACAGCAGGGAGCGACGAGGUUGUCCAUCUGGUGAGAUGGGUACACUCUGUCGUUCGCGAAGAGUGGACGGCUGAAGUGUUUGAUGUAGAGCUUCUGAAGUACCCCAAUAUAGAGGAAGAGAUGGUAGAGAUGCUGCAGAUAGGGAUGAGCUGUGCAGCUAGAAUGCCAGAGCAGAGACCAAAAAUGGCAGAUAUAGUGAAGAUGGUAGAGGGCAUUAGAAUGGUGAGUACUGGAAAUCAAACAUCCACAGGAGGUACAACACCAGCUUUAACACCUCCCAUGCCUCAAACAGGACCUUCUUCAUACAAACAUUGAUUUUAAUGUUUUCUUAGGUUUUUUCCUUUACUUUAAGAACAAAAAAAGUCUCUAUUGUUUGUAUGCAUGGCUGAUAAUACCCUAUAAACAUGUCUUCAUGUUGGUUUAAUCAACAAUCCUAACCAUUUCAAUCA